GGUGUUCGAAGCACGGAAUUCACACAUACGUGUGAGUUCAAAGCUUGCGCUUUGUGGGUGGUAUUCCCUCCCUCUUGCUGCUUGCGUCUCAAAUCUGGCGUCACUGGAAGCACGAAAUUUAUUCAGACGCCAUCUAGGCGGUUCGUGAUCGGUAGCUUCUUGUCAUUAGCCGUCUGCUGUGAGUUUGACGUAUGAAACAAACAAAAUGCCGCCGUGCGGGCUCGCGCCGAUGAGCUGCUACGAAGCUUUCGUCCGUCGGAAUUUCAAGAAGACCGAAGUGACGGGCGCGAUGUCGUCAUGCACGUUGAUCUAAUUUCCACGGGCUGCAAACCUCAUAAAGAUUUCACGUAUGACAAUGUAUGUCGCAUUCAGCGCAGCAUCGGAGCGGUGUAUCCAAUAUUAACGGCCUGUGGUUUGAGGCUCCAACAGCUGAGAAUAAAUUGUUAUUCAAGAUAUUGUUAAGUAUCGAUCGGCAGAAAUUCCACGUAAACGAUUGCGAAAGAUCUUUUGAUGACGACACUCAUGCCGGAUACGUGUGUGUGUGUGUGUUUGAAUACACUGUCGUCAUUCUCGAAUGAGCAAUAUUGCCUGCAGCUACAUUGAACAGUAUGUAAAGAAUUCAGAGGAAUUGAUCUACAUAAUUAAGGAAGAAUCUACAUAAUUGUAUUGAGAGAUUCUAGAUUGAAGAAAUAGAACACAGAAGUGGAAUAUAAAUGUUAAAAUUAUGUGUCAAGCUGUACAAAUUAUUUGUGCAGAAUUAAACGUUUAAAGAUUGCAUGUGAUUGAUUUGCUUUGUGAAUAAGAUUCAACUCACUCAGAAAGUAUACUCCAGAGAUUGAAAAUGUCGGGUGGAGAGAGAAAGAAAAGAGGUGGCGACAGAGGCCAUGGAUGGGAAGAGGCUGGCGCCGAAUUCUAUCAAGAAAGUUAUCCUGCGGCUAUGGAAGCGGAUCUGCAACAAGCUCUGCAGAGGGAUCCUUCGCACAUAGCCACUUUGCUUCCUAGCAAAAAAUCUCGCGUUGCCACAGCAAAGCGAAUCCGAAAUGACACAAAGAUGACAUUGAGAAGACGGACAAGCACUAGAUCUCGUGGCACAACAACCUCAAGGCGUAUGUCGACCAAUGUACAUGAUGUGGCGGUGUCUAUGUUACCAGAUCUGUCGGAGAACUUGUCCAACGAAGAACGCACUUGGGAAGAAAUCAUGCAGAUCAAGGCUAUGCCUGUGUGCAUGUCUCAGAAAAUACAGCUGAAGAAUCAACUGCAGAGCGCUACCAAACUGCGACUUCAAGGCUUCGAACAGCUGAAGUGGCAGCGCAGGAAAGCCUGGCAACAAUUCCGCAUAAGGAUGAAGGAGGCGUACUCCAAGAUGGAGCUGUGGAACGACAGUCUGAAGAAGAUAGGCGGAAAUUUUGGAAUGGGAAUAGUAUCGUACUUUUUAUUUAUCAAAUGGCUGAUGUAUCUGAAUUUGCUUCUGUUCGCGAUUUUGUUCUUGCUGAUAGUGCUGCCGGCGAUCUUGCUGGAGGUGCCAGAGAACGAAGCAUGUACGCCCAACAACAACGCUAGCGUAGCCUGCUGCACCGAAAUGUACAGGAAUAAGACCGAUGGUAGCAACAGUAUAACCGAGAUCGUGCAAGGCCGCGGCAUCUUGGAGUACACUCUGUUGUUCUACGGCACGUACACGCACAAGAUCUACGAGAACUUCGGUCCCAAUCUCUACUACAACUCACCGCUGUCCUACAUUUGCGCUAUUAUUAGCAUCUUCAUUAUCAGCCUAGUAGCAAUUGUGCGGUCAGCCGCUAAGGGUUUCAAGGAGAGAGUCGUGGAGGGCGAGGGACAGUUUUAUCAAUACUGCAACCUCGUGUUUGGCGGCUGGGAUUACUGCAUCCAGAACGAAAAGUCCGCGGCGGUGAAGCACAAAGCGCUGUACAACGAGAUGAAGGGAUUCCUGGAGGCGGAGAGGAUGGAGGAAGAACGGCAGAAUCGCACGCGGGAGGAGAAGACGAAGCUGUUCUUCAUACGCUUGUUCGUCCACCUGAUCGUCCUGACGGUACUCAGCGGCUGUGGCGUGUUUAUUUAUUACAUAAUCGACUUCUCGUUCGAGCAGACGGCGACGUACCUCGCGCAGAACCAAGGCGCGUCCAAGAUCAGUCAUCUGUUCUUCGAAUUCCUUCCUUAUAUAUGUAUCGUCGGGCUCAACGUCGCGAUUCCAUUCCUCUUUCGCUACCUGGUCGCUCUGGAGCACUACAGUCCAUCCUACGUCGUGCGAAUGACGCUAUUUAGAACCGUCUUUCUCCGACUCGCCUCCCUCGGCGUUCUACUCACGUCCUUGUACAGACUCGUCGGGGAGAAGAUUCCGGACGACGAGUGCACCAACGAUAGGAAUCGGCAGCCGCUGUGCUGGGAGACCUUCGUGGGGCAGCAGUUCUUCAAGCUGUACACCACCGAUCUCUUCAUCCAAUUCUUCAUGACGUUCUUCAUUAAUUUUCCGCGCUCGCUGAUCGCGCGGAACUCCGAGAACAAGAUCCUGCGCUUUGUCGGCGAGCAGGAAUUCGACCUACCCAAGCACGUGCUGGAUAUCGUGUACUCGCAGACGAUCUGCUGGCUCGGUUGCUUCUUCGCGCCGUUGCUGCCGAUGGUCGCCGUUGUCGGGACGUUUCUGCUGUUUUAUGUGAAGAAGUUCACUUGUCUGGUGAACAGCGCACCGUCGAGCAAGAUAUACCGGGCAAGCAGGUCGAAUUCCCUCUUCAUGUUCAUCUUGUUGGUCUCCUUCAUCCUGGCGACGAUACCAGUCGGCUACUCCAUCGCCGAGAUCAUGCCGUCGAAGUCGUGCGGCCCGUUCCGCGGACUGCAGUCCGUGUGGAUGCUGCUGAUCAUGACAUUCUCGCAGUUCCCCGAUUGGAUACAAUCGGCACUGUUCUUCCUGGGCACGGCUGGCUUCGGCAUACCAGCGUUCGUCAUUCUCGCUCUGCUUCUCUAUUACUAUUACGCGGUGUCGAUAGCGAAUAAGCACAUGGUGACGGUAUUGAAGAAUCAAUUAGUAUUGGAAGGCCAUGACAAACAAUUUCUGCUCAACAGGCUGAGCGCUUUCAUCAAGCAGCAGCAGGAUCAGAACAAGUUUCAUCAGGAGCAAACCAAUGAUUUGGGCACGUUUCAGCAUGUAUAAAUAGUGCGGUAUUUUAUUUGAUAUCUUUACGAAUGUACAAAUUUAGUGAAACUACGUAACGGAUUGCGAUCUGGUUGAGGAUCUUUUGAUUUGCUUGAGAUUUUAUAAGUUUUUCUUGUAAAACUGUAAGACUGUAGUCUUUUUUAUAUUGUAUACAAGUGGCAUUUAUAAUGAUUUUUUUUUUUAUAUAUUCUAUCGAAUCGAGUGAAAAGGACCGACUGACAGGAGCGCGCGGACAAUACCAAAAACUAAUAUGUAUUCUACUGCCUGUUGCAGUGUCUUAUACCGAAGUUUUGAGAUUUGAAUAUAUCACAAGCCACUGCCAAAGUGUUAGUUUCCACGAGUUUUACAAAUAUUACUUUCGAAUUUGCAUUCAAACAGGACAUAUCUCACGUUCUGGGAAUUUCAAUCGCCGUUCACAUAUAUAAAAAUACACAUCUGAAAUCAGGGUACAAAGAAAAAAAAAAAAA